AUGCAGCUGAUCAGUCUCUCCGCCAUUGCCCUCUUUGCUACUUCCGCUCUUGCGGCAGACUGCUUCGGUAACAGCCAGAAGGGCAUCCAAGAUUUCCAGGACGCAUACUGGCAGGCUCGCCAGAAGAUGUGCAGCAACUCUGACUGCACUUACCAGCAGGGCUGCACCACCAAGGGAUCAAAGACUAUCAAGGGACUGAUCUCUCUCACCGUCACUGCCGAGCUGAGCCGCAAGAACACUGGAGGCAAGAAGGGUUUCAAGGAUUGCUGGGAUGCCACUGAGAAUAUCAUCAAUCAGUGCGUCAAGGGAACUAACCAGAUGAGUGGAACCUGGGAGUAUGACGGUCAGCUGUACCAGUUCAACGGCUACUACUCUUAG